UUUAUGUGCUACUCGCCAUUUAAUCACAUCAUUACAAACAAAAAACAAUACUUAUUUCAACAUUCGUUUUAAACAACAAACAAAUUCUAUAGGAACGUAAAUCAUAACCAUAAAAAUAAAGAUAUGUUUCUAUGUCGUAUGGCAGUUUUAAAAUAACACUGUUUCUUCUUUUUCAAGAGAUAUGUGUUUGGAUACGGUUGCACGAUUUAGAAAUAUCGAACACAAAUGUUUCUUUGGUUUAAGUACCGUACAGGACAUCUUACAAGAUGUUACCACCUGUACUAAAACAUGCAAUUUCCAGAUGAAUGAUUUGACUAUUUAUGGAAACUCACUCGGAAAAAUUGAUCUUACGAUAGGCGAUACGAAAAAGGUGUUCUCCUUUUGUCCAGGACCGUUUACGGAAACUCUUGAUAUCAAUUGUUCGUCUUGGAACGCAAGUGAAUACAUAAUGUGGAAUGAUACUAGUUCCUGUUCGAUAAACAAUGCUCAGUGUGUCCGUCUAUACAAUGACUGUAUUUGUUAUUGUUUGCCUGGAUUUGUUCUGAUGGACAGAAAGUGUUUGAAAAGUAAUCUAGAAUUAAAUAAUUCGUGCGAGUUAACAGAACAGUGCAUCCAACCGUUCUCAGGUUGUUUCCAAGGAAAAUGCAAAUGUAUAAAUGGCUAUUCUGCAUUUGAAACAGAUAGCUGCCUGAAAGAUAAUGUUCCCGUCAGUGGGUUUUGUAGUUUACAUGACCAAUGCACCGGAAGUAAUAAUUCUGGAAUAUGUGAACAAGAAAGAUGCACAUGUGCAGAAAGAUUCAAAUUGGUUGAGUUUGCGUGUAAAAAAAAUCCUCUAAGAAAAUUUAAGAGUUCCAAAAGUCAGAAUCAAGACACUAACAUUGGAGUAACGCUUGGGACAUUUUUUGGCGGAUUAAUUCUUGGUGUGGCAACGACCUUAACAUACAGAAAAUUAAAAUGUCGAACCAGAAAAAGAAAGAAAACUUACGUAAUGGUGGCAGAUAAUAAAGUGAACCGUGGUGCAGAAUUUGUUGACAGUGCUGCUAAAAUUUCUUUCAAGAACGCUAAGGAGCAAAGAGUAGCAUUUUCGAAAGCUACACCAGGAUACAAUUUGUCUGGAAAACAAGAAUACGAAAGGACCGAGGACGUCUAUAAUCAUUUACACGAACAAACAGAACAAGAUGACGACACUUACGACCACGCAUGCGCUGUACCCAAUCACAGUGCGGAUCUCUCUGAUUACAGUUAUAUACGUGAUACAGCCCCCGUUACACCAUCACCGUCAGAAGAUGGAGACGACUAUUCUACAUUAAGGCAUUGAAUAAGCAAAGAUCAUCAAUAUGUUUGUAAAUUAGUACAAUGAUCUAUUCUUUUAAAAUAAAUUUACUGAACUCAAUCUACUGGAAUAACUUAGAGACGAACGUGGUGUUUUGAUAUAUGGUUUAUGGAAACGUAUUUGCAAAACAUCGUAUAUUGAUUAAUGGCGGUAUGUCGGUGAAUUGACAUUCAAUGAAAAUGAACGACGUUUUAAUAAAUAUAUUUUAAAAAGAUAGUGGUAGGUAAUAAACAUUGACGUUUAUAUAUCCAUCCAUAAUCUGAAAAUAUAACGAUGUCAAUGAACGAUAUAUUACUAAUAUAUUGUAUAGAAAUUUUGCUUGUUUCCAGUGUGACAUAUAGGCAAAGAGAAUUGACUAACAUGAUGUAUUAAACAAUUCAAAAUCAAUGUUACAUUUACUAUCUUUUUGAUACAUUAUAUUCAACCAAUUACGAGUAAAAGAACAUAAUAUGAUUGUGUGAGAGUUGCUAUGUCAGACAAACAGACUUGACAAUAAGUGAGUAGGGAGCAAUGUAUACAAAAGUCAACUUUUAAGAUAUUGUUAAUAUUUUAUCAUGUAAUUAGUAAGAAACUAAAUUAAGAAAAAGAAAUGUUUUUGA